UGGCACAUCACCUCUGUAUGGUGUCAUGUGUAACCGCUGCUGUGGCAGAAUCCUCCUCUGAUGCCACUCUGCCGGGAUGGCAGGGUAACUAGCCUGUGCUUCUUUCCACUCCUUGGACAGUGGUAGGGAGGGGGAGGGUAGCUACAGUCCGUGGUUCAAGCUCAAGAGGUAGUACUCAGCUCCAACUACUGUCCCUUCCGCCUGCCACUGAAAGUGAGGGCCCAGAGGAACAAGAUCUUUAGGAUCCCAGAACUCUCUUGCCCCGGUACAGUUUCCGUUUCAUGUGGCCGAUUUACUGGCCCUCCAACGACCACCCACCCUAGCUCUUUCACACAGUGCCUCCAGAAGCCGCUCCCAUUACCUGACUCCAUUCUCCAGCUGUCAUCCUGGGCCAAUUCCACCGGCAACUUGACUACGGCUUUCUCAGAGGAUUCUGGGACUUGUAGUUCCACAUUGCUAGGAGCCGGAACUGAGUAGCCGGCAAAGAUGCCUCCAGGCCCGGAAAUUCCUUCAAACUGCAUUUCCCAGAAGCUCCGGGCUAUUGGACGGGCAACACAGAAAACAGAGAGAACAGUGAUUGGAGAACCUCUAGUUCUUUGAUUGGUUGUCGGAGCAGGAGCCGUGAAUGGGCGGAACUUGAGUUUCACGGAGAUCCUGGGAAAGCGAAAUGGAGGGGUGUGUGUCUAACGUAAUGAUCUGCAACCUGGCCUACACCGGGAAGCUGGAUGAGUUGAAGGAGCACAUUUUGGCCGAUAUAUCUCUAGCUACUAGAACCGAUCAGGACAGCAGGACUGCGUUGCACUGGGCAUGCUCAGCUGGUCAUACAGAAAUUGUUGAAUUCUUGCUGGAACUUGGAGUGCCAGUGAAUGAUAAAGAUGACGCAGGCUGGUCUCCUCUUCAUAUUGCUGCUUCUGCUGGCCGGGAUGAGAUUGUAAAAGCCCUUCUGGUAAAAGGUGCCCAAGUGAAUGCUGUCAACCAAAAUGGCUGCACCCCCCUCCAUUAUGCUGCUUCGAAAAAUAGGCAUGAGAUUGCUGUCAUGUUACUAGAAGGUGGGGCUAAUCCAGAUGCGAAGGACCAUUAUGAGGCCACAGCAAUGCACCGGGCAGCAGCCAAGGGUAACUUGAAGACGGUUCAUGUCCUUCUGUUCUACAAAGCAUCCACAAACAUCCAAGACACUGAGGGUAACACUCCUCUACACUUAGCCUGUGAUGAGGAGAGAGUGGAAGAAGCAAAAUUACUGGUGACCCGAGGAGCAAGUAUUUACAUUGAGAAUAAAGAAGAAAAGACACCCCUGCAAGUGGCCAAGGGUGGCCUGGGUUUAAUACUCAAGAGACUUGUAGAAAGUUAAGCAGCUCUCAUUUAUUCUUUGAGGGUUUUGUUGUCCUCACUGUCCUGG